GCCUUCUCUAACCUGAAGCGUCUGCAGCACUUCGCAGGGACACCGACGAGAGGGCACGUCAGCGCCCCUACUUCCUCCCGACGCCGCCUCUGAUUGGCUCCUGGGCAUAUAAGACACCGGUGAAUGAGCCGCCGGCCCUGGCAGAAACUUGCCGGAGGUCUUUGGGUGGCAUCGUCCUUUCGCCCUCAACCCGCGGGCGAGCCGAGCCCGGGGAGGAUGAAGUCGUCCUGUGUCCUGCUCACCGCCCUGGUGGCGCUGGCCGCCUAUUACAUCUACAUUCCCCUGCCCAGCUCGGUGUCCGACCCCUGGAAGCUGAUGUUGCUGGACGCGACUUUUCGGACCGCACAGCAAGUGAGUAACCUGAUACACUACCUGGGCCUGAGCCAUCGUUUGCUGGCACUGAAUUUUAUCAUCGUUUCUUUAAGCAAGAAAAGCGCAUGGUCAUCUGCUCAGGUGAAGGUGACCGACACUGACUUUGAUGGUGUGGAAGUCAGAGUGUUUGAAGGCUCUCCAAAGCCAGGAGAGCCACUGAGACGCAGCGUUGUUUAUAUCCAUGGAGGAGGCUGGGCCUUGGCAAGCGCAAAAAUCAGGUAUUAUGAUGAACUGUGUGCAGCAGUGGCUGAGGAAUUGAAUGCUGUCGUUGUCUCUAUUGAGUACAGGCUAGUUCCAAAGGUUUAUUUUCCUGCACAAAUUAACGAUGUUGUACGCGCCACGAAGUACUUCCUGCAGCCAGAGGUCUUACACAAGUAUUCGGUUGACCCAGACAGAAUUGGCAUUUCUGGUGACAGUGCUGGUGGGAAUCUCGCCGCUGCGCUGGGCCAACAGAUUAGUCAAGAUGCCAACCUGAAAAACAAGCUCAAAGUGCAAGCUUUAAUCUAUCCAGUUCUUCAAGCUUUAGAUUUUAACACACCCUCUUAUCAGCAAAAUGUGAACAGCCCGAUCCUGCCCCGGUACGUCAUGGUGAAGUACUGGGUGGACUACUUAAAAGGCAACUAUGACUUCGUCGAGGCCAUGACCGUUAACAAUCACACUUCCCUGGAUGUAGAAGAGGCUGUCGCCCUCAGGGCCCGUCUCAACUGGACAGCCCUCCUGCCCCCAUCUGUCACAAAGAACUACAAGCCUGUCGUCCAGACCACCGGCAACGCCAGGAUCAUCCAGGAGAUCCCUCAGCUGCUCGACGCCCGUUCUGCCCCGCUCAUCGCAGACCAGAAAGUCCUGCAGCACCUCCCAAAGACCUAUAUUCUGACGUGUGAGCACGAUGUCCUAAGAGACGAUGGGCUCAUGUAUGCAAAGCGUUUGGAGAGUGCAGGUGUGGAGGUGACCCUCGAUCACUUCGAGGAUGGCUUCCACGGGUGCAUGAUUUUCACCAGCUGGCCCACCAACUUCUCAGUGGGGAUCCGGACUAGGAAUAGUUACAUCAAGUGGCUGGAUCAAAACCUGUAAAGGAGUGAAGUUUCUAGAAUGCUUGAGCCCCUCUUGACCCUCCUGCACCUGCUUUGGAAAGACAUGCACUUUUUAGUCGACUAAUUUCCCCUUGUUACUUGUGAGUUAUGGAAUCUCUAUUCCCUGCAGACUUAUGUUAAUUUAAUUUUUUUAAAUGCAUUUGACUAAUCUAAGUGCAAAAGCAUCUGAAAUCUGGUUCUCAAAGUGGACCAGUCUCUGUCUUCUUGUUGUUUUAGCCAAACUGCUACUAAUACCCACAGCUGCAGAAAGCAGGACUAGGAGCUGGAAAUAGCUCUGGGUCCUGCCUUCAUUAAGAAGUUCUUUUUAGAAGAAAUUUUUCCAGCUGUGGAUGAUAGAGUGACCUUGAAUGAGUUAAGAAAAUGUAGGCUCUUCUUCAACUUGCUAGAGUUUGCUUUGAGUUCAGAGCAGUGUUAAAUGCGUGCACUUUAAGGUCAGUGCUGGGUACCACGUGCCCUCCGUUCUUCAUGAAUGGAUGGUUUUGUUUCCUAUGGGAAUUUCGGCAAUGGCUUUCUAGCAAGGACAGGUUUCUUAAAAGACUUUCUUCCUUUAUAGUGUUAAUUUUAUGAGAUAGCUAUCUAUAAGUCCAGCUGGAUUAUGAUGAUACUUGAAAGUUACUUUCUACCACUAUUAUUGGAAAAUAGGAGGUUUGCAUGCACUGAAUAUAUGUACAUUGUUACAUUUUUUGGUUAUACCAUCUCCUUGGGAGAGAUCUUUUGGGAGCAAAGUUAUUUAGAUUUAGAAUAAAUUUUCCAUUACAGAACAAGUAAAAACAAAUGAACCAAACUACUGUUUUCAUAAUGAAUACUUCUCACAUAAAUUACCAAGAGCAGUGUGUAUAUAUUUGGCAGGGUCAGAAAAGAAGAUCCAUUUAAUAUUAGUUUAAAAUUAUGAAAAAUACCUUUAGAGGGUCUAGUUUAUUCUUGAAAACAACUUUUUCACUUACACGGCUUUAAAGUGGGCCUAUUUUGGUAUAUAUAAUGUAUUGUUUAUUUUUUUAAGUUAUUUAAUGUUAAAAUAUGUAGCUAGACUUAAGUUUUUCAGGAUAAUGUUGGUAAAGAAUAUUAGAAAUAAUGAUAUUUUUAAAAAACUAUCUUAGAGUUUAAAAUCUACCUUGGGAUUAUAUCCACAUAUAAUUUAUGAAAAGAGGUAAAAUAGCUAUUAAUACUACUAUACAUUAGGUUUAAAUGUUUUGAUGUUUAUAUGCGUAUGCAAAUUAAAAUAACUGGAAACUAUGACGACACCUAGUAAAGUCACCUAAGUUUAUAGUUACAGCUCAGACAAGACACACGUGCUCAUCUCUGCUCUCUCUGUUUGGAGGAGCACUGGCUCCUAUUCUUCUGGGUGAAGGACAGACAUUGGCGCCAGCUGCCUACGUCUCUCAUUAACUCCUUCCAGCCAGGUCUAGAAGUUACAACAGCCCAAGCUUAUCUUCAUGUAAAGGCUUCACUGCCAGUGGGAACGUCUUCAGCACAGCAAGAAACUGCACUUCUGACUAAGUUGAGUCGCUCUGCCCUCCUUCCUUUCACUCUUACUUCUGCCCCCAUCCACGCAGGGACUGCAGAGAACGGCAGUAAUGAUACAAUGACAUCGUCCAUGGAGAGAAAGUAGAACCUUUUCACUCAUUUGAAAGAUGAAAUAUUUUUGGCAUUGAAAUAACAAAUGAAAAUUUGCACACUUACUUUUCAUUUAUUGUGUAAGCAUUUAAUGUACAAAAAAGAAGUAAAUGCAACAUUGUGUGUGUGUGCCUGUGUGUAUAUAAAAAUAAUCAUACAAACUAAUGUGCUAAUGGACUCAGGCAAGUCAUUUAUCAUCUCUGAGCCUCUUUUCAUUUUCCUCUAAAAUCAGAGAAUUGAGUUAUUUGAUCUCUGAGGUCUCUUCCAAUGAUAAAUUCCAACCAUUUUGUCAGACUGGCAAAUUGUAUUGGCCUCUUCUCUUUUUGUAGGUCAUUAUUCUAUAUACAGAGACUCAUGCAUCAUCGAAAAAUUUUUUUUCUGUAAACCUAGGAUUUUAGUUCUUACUCUAUAAUAGCUACCCUUCUCAUUUAAUACUACUCUUUUUGACACCUUUUGAAGGGACCAAUGUUUGGAUCUUAUUUUGGUUACCUACAUCUAAGAAAGCAAAGAAAACGUAAUACACACACAGAGUUCCUUAAAAUGAUGUUUUCUCAGAAUUGCAAGGCAAAUCCUACGGUAAUUGCAGACAAUGAAUGAUUCCGGAUCUCUAAAGGGCUUUCUCAGGUGAGAAGGAAGUGAAAGAAAAAAGAGGACAACCACUGUUUCUGAUGAAAUACUUGAGUUUCAUUAAAGCUUUUAUAUAUUCAAAUAAUUCGUCUAACAACUUGCACUGUAUCCCACCUCAGACCUUGCUUUAAGGUCUUCCUUGAAAUUUUCCUUGGAAUAAUAAAAAUUGCAAAUCAUGAUACACAAUAACCACUAGACACAAGAGAGGCUAACCCAACCCGAGCUCUGAGCUCUAAGAACUCCUUUGGGAAGUCUGCAGAGUUUAUGUUGAAGACAUUUUGGUUCGGGUGAGUUCAUUUUCUUUAGCUUUUGUUUUUAUAAAAAAGAAAACCUUAUACUCUGCAGAUUGGUUUUUUUUUUUUAGUGUUAUGGCUUUGCUUUGUUUUCGUAUUUUAUGAAAAAGUUGAUAGUCUUUUUGUAAUAUCAUUGUGGAAUAUGAACAUAAAUAUAUGAAGAAAAAAUAUUGAAGUGCUGCAAAAUAUAGUGACGUGUAAAUGUUUUAUCAUCUAUUUGUGAAAAAUUUAAGACAACUGUAUAAUUAUCUCGGUGGAUAUAAUAUUUUAUGCAUGCCAUUUUAACCUUUGACCUUUUGCUUAUUUCCCACUGCAAAGGGGAAGGCAGAUUUUAUGAAGGAUUUUAGUAGCAAAUCCGUUUUGUAAAACGAAAAUCCAGUGUGGAGGCAGGAAGGUAUGUAUCUGUUUUGACUCAUGUUUGGAAAUAAAAUGGCUCCA